AUGGCAAGUCAUGUUGUAUUCUCUCAUUUCCUUUUUAGUUUUUAUUACGUAAAGUUUUGAAGUAAGUCAUAGUCAUGCCUGAAAGGAUUAAUGGAUAAAGCUGGUUUUGAUUUUGCAUUUAAUCCUUUUGACUGUUCAGCAGAAGCGCCGAGAGACGGAGAGAGUGAGAGAGAGAAGCACGCAAGAACAAUGGCGAAGGCGAAGGCGAAGGCGAAGAGCAUGCUGUUUACAUGUAUUUUGAUUCUAGCUCCUUUACUGAUUGUCGCAGCACCAUCGGUGGUAUCAUCAAGCAACAUUUUUGAUACUUCCAAGUAUGGUUUGCUCCAACUCGACAACGGCUUGGGUCUAACUCCUCAGAUGGGAUGGAAUAGCUGGAAUUUCUUCGCUUGCAACAUCAAUGAAACAGUUAUUAAGGAAACUGCUGAUGCACUUAUCACAACCGGUUUGGCCAAUUUAGGUUAUGUUUAUGUCAACAUAGAUGAUUGCUGGUCAUCUCACACUCGAGAUUCAAAGGGUCAAUUGGUCCCUGAUCCUAAAACGUUUCCAUUGGGAAUUAAAGCUCUUGCUGAUUAUAUACAUGGGAAGGGCCUCAAGCUUGGUAUUUAUUCUGAUGCUGGGAUCUUUACGUGUCAAGUUCGACCUGGGUCGCUUUAUCAUGAAUCUGAUGAUGCAGAGUUCUUUGCUUCUUGGGGUGUGGAUUACUUGAAGUAUGACAACUGUUAUAAUCUGGGCAUCAAACCAAAGCAACGAUAUCCUCCAAUGCGUAAAGCUCUUAAUGCUACUGGGCGUUCAAUUUUCUAUUCAAUUUGUGAAUGGGGUAUAGAUGACCCUGCCCUAUGGGCAGGUCAGGUUGGUAAUAGUUGGCGAACAACGGAUGAUAUCAAUGAUUCAUGGGCCAGCAUGACCACUAUUGCUGAUCUGAAUGACAAAUGGGCGGCCUAUGCAGGACCAGGUGGAUGGAAUGAUCCCGAUAUGCUGGAAGUUGGUAAUGGGGGCAUGACUUACCAGGAGUAUCAUGCACAUUUUAGCAUUUGGGCUUUGAUGAAGGCUCCUCUUUUGAUUGGUUGUGAUGUGAGAAACGUGACUGCAGAAACUAUGGAGAUUUUAAGCAAUAAGGAGGUUAUUGCUGUAAAUCAAGAUCCUCUUGGGGUCCAGGGAAGGAAAGUUCAUGUUUCAGGAAAAGAUGACUGCCGCCAGGUUUGGGCGGGUCCUUUAUCUGGUCAUCGUUUAGCUGUUGCUCUCUGGAAUAGAUGUUCAAAAGCUGUGACCAUUACUGCUGGAUGGGAAUCACUUGGCCUUGAAUCCACAAUGAGUGUCUCUGUUAGAGAUCUGUGGAAGCAUAAAGAUGUUUCUGAAGAUGUAACCGCAUCAUUUAGUGCCCAAGUCGAUUCCCAUGCUUGCGAGAUGUAUAUUUUCACGCUGCAGAUUACAUUCCACUCUGAGAUUUAGUUUGUACUAUGUCUGGGCUCAGAAGCGGAUGGGAUGGCGCUAUAUAUACACUCAGUUGGAAUCCCUUCAACAGCGGGUUCAGCUCCAUAUUUGGUAAAAAGAGAAGAAGAGCGCAACAUGUGUUAUUUUGAUGUGCUGGGUGCUGUUAUAUAGUGUCUAUAUUGUGGUUCUCUGAAUUACCUUUUUUUUUUUUGGGGUAAUAUUUGUUACUGAACGGCAAUUUGUGCUCGACAGCCUUUUAUUUAAUAAAGUCACCUAGCAUGGUAAAUCCUGAUGAAAAAAAAAAAUAUUAGAGCUUUUGAAGUA